UAUUUUCAACAACUUCAGAAGCUCUUUCUCCCCCUCUCUAAAAUAAAAUAAAAUGGGUUCAUCUUCAAGUCCAAUUAUAUCACCAGGAAAGCUAAGAUCUGAUCUUUAUUCAUUUUCAACUCAAGAUGAUCAUGAUCCAAAUACACCCUUAGUUAUAUCUGUUCUUGCUUCUCUCUUGGAAAGAACCAUGUCAAGAAAUGAAAGAAGUACAAAAAAGUUCAUCAACUCAUCACCGUCUUCGCCAUCGAAUGAUCGAACGCAUAUUUUUUAUUGCGAUCGAACACUAGAUAUGACAAUCCAAUCUUUCCUUGAAAGAAUUUUUCGUUAUACUCAUAUUGCACCUUCAAUCUAUGUAGUUGCUUACACCUACAUUGAUAGGUUUUGCCAAAUUCACAAAGAAUUCCGGAUUACCAACACAAAUGUUCAUAGAUUCCUGAUCACCACAAUCAUGGUUGCUUCAAAAUUUGUUGAGGAUAUGAAUUAUAGAAACUCUUACUUUGCAAAAGUUGGUGGAAUAACAACAAAAGAAAUGAACAAAUUAGAAGUUGAGUUUUUGUUUUUGAUGGGUUUUAAGUUACAUGUGAAUGUGAAAGUUUUUGAGAGCUAUUGUUGUCAUUUAGAGAGAGAAGUAAGCAUUGGUGGUGGGUAUCAAAUCGAGAGGAGUUUAGGGUUUAUGUGCGGUGGACAUAUGAAAUCAAUAAAAAGAGAGAAUAAUCAGAGAAAUAAUUUGAUGAUAACUACUUCAUCAAAUGUAGUUCAUAGUAAAUAGUACUAGUAUUUAUCAUGUACCCCAUCUCCUUCACAAUUUUAUUGGUAGGAUGUCAAUGUCAUGUAUAAAGUCUUUUUUUUUUUCUUUUUAAUUUUAAUAUGUAUUUAGUUUUAAGAUGUAUAGUUUUAAUAUGUAUUUAGUUUUAAGAUGUAUAAAACAGUUGUGAAAUUACCAUUAGCA